CCUCAACCCUCAGCAUUAACCAGAGUUUUCUUCUCAAUAUAUUCAUCUCUCUGCGUCUGAAUCUCUGUGCAGGAUUGAAUCAAUGGCUUCCUUGAGAACCACAAUCCCAUUUCGUAUUCUCAGCAUGCUUCUGCUGUUCACUUCAAUGGAAGCCAGAGAGUACGUGGUUGGAGGCAACAAAUGUUCAUGGGCAGUUCCAAAAUCUUCUGUAGGGUCGCUCCAAGAGUGGGCUCACACAAACCGAUUCAUUGUCGGCGAUAUUCUCAUCUUUGAGUAUGAUCCCAAGGUUGACACGCUACUGCGAGUGACAAAGGAAGACUACAAGAGCUGCAAUGGAAGAAAGCCAAUUGAAAAAUAUGACGAUGGCAGGACCAAGGUUGAGUUGGACCGAUCUGAAGUAUUCUAUUUCAUCGGUGGUGCUAAGGGGUUAUGUGAGAAUGGCCAAAAGCUAUCGGUGGUUGUCAUCCCCCAGGGCAUCAGCCAGUUAACAGGUUUGCGUUGGAUAGGAAAACUCAUAGCCAUACUCCCAUAAGCAUAGCACUGUGGCUCUGGCAGUACCCGCCCCACCGUCCUCCCUUAAGGAUGCUCCGACAUCGAGUGGCCGGUGCGCGCACCUCAUGGAUUGAGGGGGGUGGGUCUAUUAUAUGGUAAAGCUAGAUGCAAAGAUAGAUGUGAUCCUUUUGAAAUAAAGUUUAAUUACACGUUAUAUCGAUUAGCUUCUUAUAUAUGAUGUAAAACAUAUAUGGAUUACGUACAUGUUAUAUGGAUCACAUGCUUUCAGUUUGCUUUAUUUUA